GCGCGGCGCCCCCGCUCGGCUACGUUCGGGCCGCGCUCGGCUAUUUCCGCCUCUUUGUUUUAAACUCCGGGCCGAGCCUUUUAAUUUCAUCCCCCCCCCCCCUCACCGCCCCCCCUUUUUCCCCGCUGUAAUUUCCCAGCGGGGCAGGGCCGCAGGGGCUGGUGUUCCUCCUUGCCCCCCGCCACCGCGCUCGCGUCCUCUGCCUUCUCUCUGUGGCGGCGCCUGGGGAAGGACGGGUCGGGGAGCGGAGGGUCGGUGGCGGCGGCGGGGAGGAAAACCCCCGCCAGCCCCGAGAGGCGACCGCGCCCCUCCCCUGUAAGUAUGUUCUAGACACAGGGACUUCGAUGUUGAUUUGAGGAUUCAAAUUAGGCAAGAGGUCUCUGGAUGGCAGACUCUGAAAAGAAAUGCUGUUUUAAGAGGUAUGCCACAUGUAAGCCAAAAUAUUCUGCACUAAUUUAUAUAUAAAUGACACCAAAGAUGCUAACAAGAAAGAUUAAGCUUUGGGACAUUAAUGCCCAUAUAACCUGUCGUCUGUGCAAUGGGUACCUGAUUGAUGCUACUACAGUAACAGAAUGCUUACAUACCUUCUGUAGAAGCUGCCUAGUGAAAUAUUUGGAGGAAAACAACACCUGUCCGACCUGUAGAAUUGUUAUACAUCAGAGUCACCCGUUACAGUAUAUUGGUCAUGACAGAACAAUGCAAGAUAUUGUUUACAAACUUGUGCCAGGCCUCCAAGAAGCGGAAAUGAAAAAGCAAAGGGAGUUUUAUCACAAACUGGGCAUGGAAGUUCCAGGGGACAUCAAAGGAGAGACAUGUUCUACAAAACAGCACCUAGAUGCCCAUCGAAAUGGUGAAACAAAACCAGAUGAAAAUUCAAACAAAGAAACUUCAGAGGAAAAACAGGAAGAAGAUAAUGACUACCACCGAAGUGAUGAACAGGUAAGCAUCUGCUUGGAAUGCAAUAGCAGCAAAUUGCGUGGACUGAAACGAAAAUGGAUUCGUUGCUCAGCACAAGCAACUGUCUUGCAUCUAAAGAAGUUCAUUGCCAAAAAAUUAAACCUUUCUUCUUUCAAUGAGCUGGACAUAUUAUGCAAUGAAGAGAUUCUUGGCAAGGACCACACGCUCAAGUUUGUAGUUGUUACUAGAUGGAGAUUUAAGAAAGCACCAUUACUGCUACACUACAGACCCAAAAUGGACUUGCUGUAAGAGAACUUUAUUGUCCUUCUGGACACAGUUUUUUGCAGAGACUAUCAUCUGGCACCUUCUUAGUGCAUCACUAAUCACAUGAUACAAACCAGCUGAAUAAAUUUAGAAGACUGUAGGGCUUUCAUAGCGAACUGUCCUUCUGAAUAUUUCUUCUAGGGAUGUACUACCAAGAAUUCUGAACAGAAAAUAUUUAUACUUUUUUUGUACAAAAGAAGUAAGUCGCAACUCAACAAGACACUACCAGCACUAAGUUUACAGAUACUGAAAGCACUUCACAGUUCUAUGUAGCUCAGCCUGAUUUAUCUCUUACAGUUACACAGAAGUAAGUUAGAAUGUUGUGGAGUGAUUUAAAAAUGUUGCUUUUGACACCAGGUUGCAUUUAGUUAAUUUUCACAUUCUGAAUCUUAAAAAACUAUAUUUUUGCAAGGUGUUAUUGUCUUAUAUAGUAUGCCUGAUUGCAUUGGCUUUAUUCAAGUUACUCUGUAGACCAUUGAAAAUACCUAAUGAUAUGGUGAUAAUUUAUUAUGCUGCAUUGAAAACUUCUAAAAAUCUGGGAAACCAAUAAGUUUGUCAUUCUUCCUAGUUACUGCUCUCCCUUGCUUUGUGUUUUAGUAAAGUUUUGAUACUCCCUGAUGCAUGUUGAUUUGGUAAGAUUGAUAGAAAUUAUUGCAGUUGAUUUUAAUAUGCCCUGAUAUUUUGCUGUGGCAUAAAUUGCACCACAUAAUGACGAAUACUCAAAAGUGCUAGAUUUGUGAACUUAAAAAAAAAAACCCAAAAUAUUUCUUCUGAGUUGUGGCUUGCAGAAAUCAGUUUUUAAUUUAAAGAGAAUUUGCGCUCACUAGCUAUUGAAGCACUGGCGCUUGGGCUACUUUGGGUGAUAUCACAGUUUUCAUUUCAUUUAUUAAGAAUUCCUCAGAUCAUUAUGAGCAGGUUUAUACUUCCUUUACCUGUUUUCUUAUGAAACCAUAGUAUUUUCUUUAGCACAGUUCCUAACUGUUGGGGGAUGGUCAGACAAGAUUAUGUUAGCACCUUCUGGCCUUAACUGGUAAUUUUGUUUGUAUCAGCACUAAUGGAUGCAAGGUAAUAAUGCAUGCAUGUGUGUCUUCAUACAUCUGUACACACAUUUAACUACGUAUGUUAUAGAAUGCACCCUCAAUAGCAUUUAGCAGGGUUCACAGCACUUUUUGCAAGGCUUUUUGAGAUAGUUGGCUUUUCAGAAAAAGUGACUGAAAGUGAUUUCUGCAAGCUGCAUACAUUAUGAUACAGCAUAUAUAGUAGGAUAGAGUGUUUGUCUGGCAUAAGUGUCAAGUCACUGAAAACAGGCUAUGCCAUGUUAAUGACAGCUGGAAAUCAUUAACUUUCUAAUUUUUGGAAGAGUUUUCCAGUGAGCUGAAAAUGCUUGUUGCUAUUCCUAUUAUUAAAGCCUGUAUUUAUAUUUUUUUUAAUAUAAAUUGUCUUUGGAUAAGAAAACAACUUUGUCUGUAACUGUCCUGCUUCCUCUAGCUCUGCUCCUUCCCCUCUUCUGCUAGAAAGUGUUACUUGCUACUUGAUAACAGGAAUUUGAUACUGCAAAAUAUUUAUCCAAGCAUUUUAAAUCCUCUUUCUCUUCAUGAGUUUUCAAAGCACCACAUUCCUCAACACGUGUCCCAAAGACUCUGUCUUCGGAGUCUUCAGUCCUCUGCUGCUGCAGAAGGGAUGUUCCAACUUGUGUUUAUGUUUGAAAACAGGGUUCCUCAUUUUUAAUUACAGUCACAGAUGUCAACGGGAAGGAAAUCAAAAAGUGUGUGAGCUGAGAAUGAAAGGGAUCUUACUGAACUGUGGAGAUUGAAGAGAGAACUACACAAAGGCCAAAAAGUGCUGCUGUCCUUACAGAUGAGGAUAUGGGGAUAGCUGCGUUUGAAUUUCUUUUAUGCAGAACUCUGCAGCUGGGUUUGGCUGUGUUGGAAAGGCAGGUGGGGGAUGGCGUACAUCCAUAUGAGCAAUGGGAUCCAACUUUGCUCUGGUUUUGUCUUACUGUUUGUGAACUCAAGUAUAUGUGUUUUGGAAUUUUAUUUUUUUUCCUGUCUUUAACAUUACUGGAACUGGCAGAAAAGAACAAAUGAGAUAAUGAGUCUACCAUUUUUUCUAACCUUUUCAUGAAACAGUGAAUGCAGGUGGUAUGGAUGUGUACACAAACUGACGUACUAGGCCUUCUGGAGGUGUUCCCAUGGUUAUUAACUGUCCUACUGUAAAUAAGGACUUUCUUUAGUCACUGAGGCACUGAGAAUAUAAACAGGGCUGUAAGUGUCCUCCCUCUCUGCACGCUGAGUAUACAGACACUAGCUGUACCUGAUGUAGAUGUAAAAUUAUAGCAUUCUGUUUAACUGACUUAAUCAGGAUACGUAUAUACAUAAAAGCAAAUGUAUGUAUUUGUGUGAGAUCUGCCUAUCUCAGAGUCUGUGUACUGCAGAAACUUUGUACAAUGAUACUGACGCGGUGCUUUUGAAGCACAUUGGGAUUUUAGUACUUUCCUAUACUUAGUUGUGCAGCUGAGAAAUCAGUUAUAAGCAUGUAAAUUCACAAGUCUUUCAAAUCUAUCUCUUGCUGUAACAAUCUACAGUAUAGAACUGUAUUUUUGUAAGUUUAUAACCACUUUCAGAAUCACUUGAAUCUUUAUGGUGCUAUCAAUAUAUUGAAAACUCUGCUUAUACCUGUAUGGAUGCAUACAUUCAAGCCAGUAUUCAUAGAAUCAUAGAAUGGUUUGGGUUGGAAGGGACCUUAGAGAUCAUCCAGUUUCAACCCCCCUGCCUGCACCUGUGUUUUGUUUUUUUUUUUACUCAUAAUUGUGUGUUACUGCUUUUGCAGUGUGCUUAAUCUGAUAAAACCUCACAAGUAAAAAGAAGAAAAAUGACAAACAAAUAAAAAGCCACCCAGUUAUUUUUCUAAAUCACAUGUCACAAUGUAUUUGCUACGGAAACUGUGACUGUGUCUGGACUAUAUGUCAAUUUCCUUUAGCCUUACGAAAAGACUACAGUGCAAUUAAAUGGAGGUCAGAGGGAGGUGUCCUAGGGUCACAGCCUUUUUUCACUUCUGUGAAGCCUGGGAGACAGUUAGUUUAUAUCAAGAUUAGAUUGGGUUAAACAAGUCUGAUGCUUUUCAGAGUUAAGACUCAGCAUAGGUAUCUCUUUGUCCUUGUGAGAUCAAGUUAGUUUAUUUUGGCUUUUGUGAAGAUGCCAUUAUGGCGAACUAGUUACCACAAUUGCUUCUGCUGCAAAUAACUGCAGUAAAGAAGUAUCUUGUUGCAUUAUCCUCAGCAGCAAUGAGACUGAUAAAUCACCCAGGUUCAGAGUCUCAUUAAAUAUAGCUUCAUUGAAAAUAGAUAAUUCAGACAGAAUAUAUAGUAUUGAAUUUAAAUAAGAUUGGGGGUGUUAAAUUUUAACUUUAUAAAAUUAUUUAUUCUAUUUUAAGCUUUCUGUCUUAUUUUACCAUCCAAGUAUUUUUCUUUCAGUGAUCCAGCUUUAUUUACGGGCAUAUAAAAUGAAAUUGUAAGAUGUUUUUGCAAGCUUCUUCCUUUUAUGUUGAGUUUGAGUAGCUUUUGUUUGUUUUUGUUCUGUAUGGAUAAAAAGCAUUACUUAUGCUUUUGUGCAAUAGGUUUGAAACAUGCAUUUAUUAGACAUAUUUUUAAAUUGUAAAUGUAGCAUCUACUUACCGUUAAAUUUAAAAGGAAUGUAGAUGGCUUUUCUGAGUUGCUCAAAUGGUUUUUUUAUUUGGGGCUAUGAUUUGGAGGGUUGUUUCUUGAUUUGUAGUUUUGGGUUUGUUUGCUUUUUCUUUAAUUUUCAGAGUGAAGUGUGGGAUUUAUAUUUGUGUAAGUAUAAGAACUGUCUGUCAGCAAUAUUUUAAAAUAAAUGAUCUUGCAAGAAACCUUAAUGUGAACUGUGGAAGCAAUCAGCAAGACUUGCAGCCUAUCUGAAGAUGCUUUGUGCCAUUGUUAUGUCUGGUAUAUUUGUGUACCAUCAAACCUAGGAAUAUUUGUUUUUAUUGGUUGUGCAAUAGUAUACACAACACUCACCUCUGGGGAUAUUGGACCAUAAGAAAUAUCAGACCACAGAUAUAAUGGUGCUAUUUUUUCCCAAUAGGCUAUGAGCCUUUAAAAGCUUAUCUGGCUCUUAUUGUCUUUAUAACAUAGUCGUAGGAGAUAGAUUUUUUUUUUCUACUGGAUGAGUAAUAAAACUGUACAACUAGCCUGUUUUACAGCAUUCAGCAUCUUACCAUUGAGCUAAAGAUAAUAGGAAAAAGCCAACCAAUCUGUACAUCAGCAAGAUAAAUCUUAACUAAGUACUUAAAAUAUAUUUUGUACAGAAGCCUUGACUGUACAGAGAAAUCAAGUUUCUGUAUUUCCUCAGGUAAUCAGUUUGGAUGUUUCAAUGGAAAUGUUAAUGCCACCUACGCUUCAGUUAGUCUACCUAAAGUUGGUAGCAGGGCAAGACUGUCCCAUACACUAGAAUCCCUACGUAAGCUAUAAUCAACUGUAACUAAGUUUUUGAGAUCUGUUGUUGAAGUAAGUUGCAAUGGGAAAAACAUGAAGAAACAUGGAACAGAGCUUUAAUCUCUGCUUUAAUCAAUUUGCCAGUGACACAGAUGCUUUCUAGGAACUUGGGUCUUGUUGCAAGUCAUCAGUAAUUUUUUUACUAUAGUUUUACUAUGGAGUUACAGUUUCAUCUGUAGACAGAUUAAAGCUCUGGUCCUGCUAUUUGAUCCAUGCUUGAUCAUCCUUAGGGAUUCUUGGAAAUCUUUUGAAGCCACAAUGACCUGAGAAGACUGUAGUGGUAGGAUAGGAACUAAACAUCCAGUUCUAUGGAAACUUACAUUGGCAACUUUAUGAAUAGCUUCAACAGUUCCACAGAAAGCAGUGGGGUCAUUCGUGUGAACGGUUAGGCUGAAGGAAGGAUUUUUGAGUACUGAUGUUCCACUUUUUUUUUUUUUUUUUUUUUUGGACUAAAGCAUUGGUUUAGUGGAAUCUUACAUUCAAGUGAUUUACCUGGACAAAAGGAGAGUUUGUUCUUUCCUCCUGCAACAAGAUUUUAUGGUUAAGGGACAAUAAGCCAGUGCAACCACUAAGCCUUUAUCCUCAUAUGUGGCAUAAUAAAGAUUCUGGAACUGUCACAGUGUAAAACCAUAUUUUUGGCUUAGCUUCAUUUGAAAGUUUACAGUUUUUUAUGCUUUGUGUUGCUGUGUAAUUUUUGUACUAUUGGUGGCUAGUUUUGUCUGAAUAGCCGUUGGGGAUUAUUGCUUAAUGUUUUGAUUUUAUGAUAGUGAAGCUUGUAUCCAGUGUUUUGCCAAUUAAUAUUAUAUGCUUGUUAAUAAAAGCAGAGAAGCUAACUGAAA